CAUCUUAAGCUUGUUCUCUCUCUCUCUCUUGUUACACAUUCUACAUUCUCUCUCUAUUAUUUUUCACCCUUUUUCUCUCUUUUGCAAAGAAAACAAUUUAAUUAAGUCAAUUUGUACCAAAAUGGCUUCUCAAGUUUGUGAAACUUUGGCUUUCAUCAACGGUGAUGAUGGGUUGAAAAUCAACGGUGCUCUUCUAAUGUCCCUGAUGGAAGAGCCAUCACCAAGUGAUGAGAGUGAUGAUGAUCGAUUGGAUAGCUUGAUUAGGUCCUUUGAGGCUGAAAUUAGUGGAAGCAAGAUGGGGGAUCAUCAUGAUUCAUCAUCCAUAGGGUCAGAAAUAUUGAUGAGCAAUAAUAUUAUAGAAGAGUGUGCAUCUCAAUCAUGGAAUAAUAACAUGGGAGAGAUUGAUGGAGUGGAGUGUUGGGCUAAUUCAUCAUCAAGUGAAUUUGGGGUGGAGUGGGUAGAUAUGGAUUUUGUGCAAUCAUCCCCAUUUGAAGAAAGGAGCUGGAGUGUUGACCCUUGUGGAGAUGAGUAUGCUAUCGCAAACAACUUGAAAGGGUAUGAUGGGUUUGCCUUGGGAGAACAUGGAUGCAAUUCCUUGUGGCAAGACAUGGCAUGCAAUUGAUCUUGCCUUGCUAAUUUAUGAUAUUGUUCAUGUAAAAUCAUGUUGUAAUCCUCAAAAUGAUUUUAUAAAAAAAAAAUGGGAUAAGAUUAUGUGCAAAAGAAAGUUCUUUGACAUGUCAAAUGAUCUUCACUAGACAAUAAACAAACAAAGGAAAGAGAGAGAGAAAAAAAAUCUCUUUCAUGACUUUUUUUUUCCA